AUGGGCGCCGUGUGUGCCUCGUGCGAGAAGGCAGAUGCAGCUGCCAAGCAGACCGUCGGCGCGGCAAAUGCUCAGCCAGUCCUUAACGAGGCAGCUGUCCUGAAAUUCCUUAGCCGGGUAAAGCUAUUUCAGCGCUUGCCGAAGGAAGUUCAUACGACAUUGGCCUCCGCUUGUGUUCCGGCAGAGUACAAGCCCAAGGCGCGAAUCAUUUGCCAGGGCGAUGACGGCGACGAGUUUUUCAUCAUUCAAGCUGGUGAGGCAGACGUGGAAGUCAACGGCAAGAAGGUUGCCACGCUGAAGGCUAGUGAUUACUUCGGCGAGAAUGCCCUCUUAAGAAAUGAGCCGCGGACAGCUACCAUCACUGCCAAGACAGAUUUGAAGGCGUUGAAAAUCGGGCGUGAUCGCUUCGAUCUUCUGGGCCUGAGGGAGAAGCUGGAAUUCCCCCAGCGGAAGGCUGUCGGUGGUGGAGGGAAGCAGGAGCUGGUGACGAAGCCACCCAGCGCGAAGACAGAUGCAGAGAAGCAGCUGAUGAUUGAGGCACUAAAGCAGAAUGACAACCUGAUGAGUGUUGUAUCGCUAAGCGACGCCAACCUCUCUCAGAUGGUUGCGGUUGCCUGGAAGGAGGAGGUGACGGCUGGCACCAAGUUGAUCACCGAAGGUGAUUUAAACGCGGACUACUUUUACGUUGUGCAGGAAGGGAAGUUCGACGUCGUCAUAGGAGGGUCGAAGACCGCAGAGGAGGGCGGACCACAGGUGGUUGCAUCCAUUCCAAAAGGCGGAAGCUUUGGGGAAUUGGCACUGCUCUACUUUGCCCCACGUGCAGCAACCAUCCAGGCAGCAGAAGACGCCAUGGUGUGGGUUAUCGACCGCAAGAACUUCAAGGAGAUUCUGGCACAAUCCUCCAAUGCUACGGCCAAGGAGUACAUAAAGUAUUUGGACAAGGUAGAGAUUUUGGCGCCACUACAGGACGACGAGAAAGCGGCCGUUGCGCAAAGCUUGUCUGAAAUGUCGUUCAGUCGCGGAGAAGUGAUCUUCCAACAGGGAGAGAAAGGUGACGCCUUCUACAUUCUCAUUGAGGGACAGGUCAGCGUUGUGAAAGACGGAAGAGAGGUCACAAAGCUAAUUGCGACACCGGAGAAGGCUUCGUUUUUCGGAGACAGGGCUCUGCUGAGCAACGAGCCGCGAAAUGCAACGUUGCAGGUGAUCUCCGACACAGCCAAGACGCUGACGGUGGACCGGCAGUCCUUUGACAUGGUCCUUGGACCACUUGCCGAACUGCAGACGAGGGGCCGAGGUGGAAAGAGCAAGCUGGCUGGCCGCAGUGUUGGCGGCAGCGCUGCCGCUAUGGGCAAUGCUACCCGAAAGUUUGGAUUGAUCCUGCGGAAGGAUCUGAAGAGAAUUGGAUUGCUUGGAUGUGGUGGCUUCGGUGCUGUGGAGUUGGUGGAGCACGCCGCAUUGGGCGAUACCUAUGCCCUGAAGGCUCUCAGUAAAGGCUACGUCAUGAAGUCGGGCAUGCAGCAAAAUGUCUUGAACGAGAAGAAUGUGCAGAUCAUGUGCGAUUCGCCGUUCAUCAUCAAGCUGUACGAGACGUACAACGGCACCCAAUCUCUCUACUUUCUCUUGGAGCCCGCACUGGGAGGCGAACUUUAUGCAACCUACAACAAGAAAGGUCUGUUCGGCAAGGAGGGGCACGCCAAAUUUUACGUGGCCGGUGUGGUCAAUGCCUUCGAGCAUCUCCACGGCAAAAAGAUCAUCUUCCGUGAUCUGAAACCGGAAAAUCUUCUGCUUACGGAGCUUGGCCAUAUCAAGUUGACGGACAUGGGCCUUGCAAAGGUUGUGGUCGGAAAGACAUACACCACUUGUGGGACACCCGACUACUUCGCACCGGAAAUGAUCGCAUCAGCUGGUCACACAAUGGCCGUUGAUUGGUGGACUCUCGGCGUCUUGAGCUUCGAGCUGAUGGCAGGCCAUCCGCCCUUCGAGUCACCGCACCCUAUGCAGAUCUACCAGAAGGUAAACAAGGGCAUCACCAAGGUCAACUUCCCCAACAAGAUGAAGGGUGUAGUUGAGGAUCUCGUCAAGAAUCUCUGCAAGAAGGAGCCUGCUGAGAGACUUCCUAUGAGGAAGGGCGGAGCUGGUAACAUCCGGAAGCACUCGUGGUUCACCACCUUCGAGUGGGAGAAGUACGACAAUGGCAAUAUGCCUUCACCAUACAGGCCCCAGGUGCAGAGCAAGAAGGAUAUGGCAAACUUUGCUGCGCGGAAGGAGGACAUGCCGCCCAACGUGCAAUACAAGGAUGAUGGCUCUGGAUGGGAUGCAGACUUCGCUACCUGCUCCUGA